AUGGCACUCGAGAACCUCUCAGAGGUCCUCUGGUCCACCCCUGGCGGAAGAGGCAUCUUUGGGCUCUUUGGCCACCAUAACGACAACAACAGCCCAGCCAACGCAACGCUCGCUCCAAUGCACACCUACUACAACAGCCCCACCUAUAGUCUUUUCGGCGGCGAUACAGUCGGCGACGGCAGUAACGGGAACGGAACCACACCUCACAACUUCGUGGUCGGCAUCUCCAUAGCGGUCGCGACAUCGUUCAUCCAAUCGCUCGGUCUGACCAUCCAACGCAAAUCUCAUGUCCUCAAUGAGGCGAUCCAUCCCAAGGAACUACGUCGGCAAGCCUGUCAACGUCCGCUCUGGCACCUGGGCUUUCAUACCUAUAUCCUUUCGAAUCUCGCAGGAACUAUCUUUUCAAUUGGAUAUCUGCCUGUCAUCAUCUUGGCGCCUCUGGGAGCCGUAACGUUGGUCUUUAAUGCCUUCUUUGCGCGUUUGCUCUUAGGCGACCGGUUCUCGCGACAGAGUGCAGCAGGCACAUUUUUGAUUUUGUUGGGCGCCAUUACGAUCGGACUGUUUGGCAUCGUGCCUGAGCCGAGCCAUUCACUCGAGGACUUGAUCCAACUCUGGAAGCGACCGGCGUUCAUCGUAUAUUUCUCACUAAUCGAAUUCACACUCGUCAGUCUGCUGGUUGGAAACAGGAUUGUGGAGCAGAUUCUUCAGCGGAACGCCAAAGCCAACCUUGCAGCCAAUAACCACCAUCGUCUUCGCUCGGGAUCCGCCGCCGUCAGCAGUGUGAACCCCAAUCUGAGCAGUGUACAUACGACAUCGUACCUCAGCAAGCUGAUCGGCGGCAGUAGAUUGUUUGGCAAGCUGAGUCCGACGAAGAUCAAGACCAUGCUCGGGAUCUCCUAUGGCUGUGUGAGUGGCAUGCUCUCAAGUCAGGCCCUACUCUUUGCAAAGAGUGCCAUCGAGCUGUUGAUGCUGACUAUCCUGGAGGGAAAGAAUCAGUUCGAGAACCCGUUGAGUUGGUUCCUGGUCAUUGCUCUGAUCUCAGCAGCACUUCUUCAGUUGUAUUACCUGAACAAGGGCCUCCGACUCUGUGACACCGUGUUGUUGGUGCCGCUCUCGUUCUGCGCCUAUAAUGUCUCGUGUCUCUUCAACGGGCUCGUUUACUACAACCAAUGGGGUCGACUCUACUGGUGGCAAAUCCUGUUGGUCCUCUUUGGCAUCAGCCAGGUCCUCAUCGGGGUCUUGGUUCUGGCCUGGCGACCUACCUCCGGCGAAGAGUAUGGCGAGGAGGUCAAUGAAGAUGACGAGGCUACAUUGUUGCUGCCGAAUUCCUCGCGUCCAACCACACCAAGGCACAGCAGGGUCUUCUCCUUCAAGGGUGUCUCUGGCGAAGGUGGCGGAGGUCAUUUGCAGCAGAAUCCAUCGAUGGAUGCGCGGAGCCUUAUCCAAGGAUUCGAGAUGUACGAUAGCGAUGAGGAGGAUGAAUCUAGAUGCAACUCACAGCAGGAUCUCCCACAGACACAACAUCAGCAGGACCAGCAGGACCAACGUCUCAUCACUCUUGCUUCAGAAGAGAACCAAGGUGAAGAAUACCCGUCGUUAGUCCAAACGCCAAAAACACUGACCUUCGCACCAACCAACCGGGGGUCAAAAUGA